AUGGAAGAGCCCCCAGAAGAGGCUCCGGCUGAAUCCUUAGAAAUCGAAAAUACAGCCGAGUACCCAAAUAACAGCCACACAGAUGGCCAGGAAGACAACGGGCCGAAACAGGAUGAUGUGGAGGCAGAUUACCAGAUGGAUCACAGAGCAGCUGACCUGGCUGGCCAAAUAGCGUCUGGCCUUGCUGACCACAAAGUAUAUGAACAUACUGGGGAAAGAACAUCUGAUCGGGCUGACCUCAGAGCAUCCAACCACACAAAUGUUGCCGAUCGUAGAGCAUCUGAUCGCGUCGACAGAAAAAUGUCAGAACAGAUGGACAGCAAGGCGUCUAGCCAAGCUGAUGGUGAUGAACAGGCUGAGGUCCAGAUGUCUGCUCUUCCUGAACAACAUACUUCUGAGCAGAUUGAUUACAGAAUGUCCAGCCCAACUGAGAAAAGAGCUUCUGAAAAGAUUGACCCUAAAAAGUCUGCCCCGUCUGUACAAAGAGCCUCUCAGCAGAGUGACCACAGAAUGUCUCUCCCGGCUGACCAAAGAACUUCUCAACAGAUUGAAAGUAGACUGUCUGGCCUGGUUGAGCAAAAAACUUCGGAACAGAUUGGCCAUAGAUCGUCUGACCAAGUUAAGCCCAGAACAUCUGUAAAAAUUUACCACAAAGUGCUUGACCAAGCUACUAAACCAGCUGAAUACCAGGCUGCUGACCCUGCCUAUCACCUUGCAAUUGACGAGGCUGACUACAGUGAAUCUGGACAGAUUGAGGACUUAAUGGGUGAAGAGGAUGACUACGCAGAUGACAACCUGCUUGACUAUGGAGAAUAUAGCCAGUCUGACGACAGAAUAUUCGACCAGUUUGGCUACAGCAAGGAAGACCAAGAGGAAGACUUCCGAGUACAACCUUGCAAAUUUGAGCCUAGUGAGAGAGACAGCGAUGUAUCGAAGGCUUCCCUUGAAACUGACGCUGAAAGUAUAACGUAUCUGCGAUCAUUCAUGCCAUUUGAUCAGAGAUUGAGCAGUAAUUUCUAUGUACAAGAUCAAGCCUAUUCUCGAAGAUUUCCCUCCAUCUCAUCCAAAGUGGAUUAUAUCAUCAGUAAAGAGAAAAUUCGACCCAUGGACAUCAGGCCUACUGAAGAUAUUUCAGAAUACCAGGAAAGAAUGAAUUCUCAGGAAUACAAUCAAUCUUAUAGGAAGUCAUUCCCUCCAAUGGUAUAUGAAGAUCCUUAUCAAGUUUCACUGCGCUACAUGGAGAAACACCACAUUCUGCAGAUAUUCCAGCAGAUCACUGAAAACCUAGUCUAUGAAAAGCCAGAGGACCCCCUGAGUUUUAUGCUGUCCCAGAAUUGUCAGCUUUUAAACUUUAUAUAA